AUGCAAGCGAUCGUCGUCUCGUUUGAAGCAUCGCACUCACUGGACGCAUUACGCCAAAGCUUGAGUGUGCCAACCGAAUGUCCCAUUUGCUGCACUCGAUUCACCAAUGCGACAACGACACCCUGCGGACAUGUAUUUUGCAGAAACUGCCUCGUUCGCUCGUUGGAUCACCAACGCUCCUGUCCAUUCUGCAGAGAUAACUUAGAAUUCUGCCCGCCACCAACGAAAAUCCUCGUUGAUUUAUUAUCACAGCUCUACGCCAUGGACGAUGAAACAGAUGAUGCAUUGGAUCUUGAUCCCAAUUUCGAAUCAGAGCACAGAGUGCCUCUACUCAUUGGCAGCAUGUCAUUUCCUCACGUCAAUUGCGCCAUCCACGUUUUCGAGCCUAGAUACCGUCUCAUGUUACGUAGAAUCAUGGCAUCCAGCCGAAGACGAUUUGCAAUGUGUUUGGCCCGCAGAAAGCGAAACGAAGGCGACCCGCCAUUUUUCGAGUACGGCACUAUUUUGGAAUUAAUGCACGUUCAAACCUUAUCAGAUGGCAGAUCGAUUGUGGAGGCUGUUGGAUCUCAUAGAUUUAGAGUUACAAACUUUGAAUUGACAGAUGGCUAUCAUAUGGCUGACAUUGAAAGAAUCGACGACAUUGACAGAGAGCAAGAACACAUGCUGGAACAACAGCAAAUUCUUAGGGCCAGUGCAUUGAGAGUGCGUCAAGCUCAACAACAACAAGCUCCCCCACAACCACAGCCCCAGCCUCGUCCUACAGCAGCAGCUCCUCAACCCAUGUCGGCAAGACCUAGAUCCAUGAUGCCUGCUCGUCCCAUGUCUGCCAGUAUGACUCGUCCUAUGGCGAGACCCAUGAUGGCAAGAUCUCCUGUCAGCAUGCAAAGACCACCUCAGCAACAACAACAACAACAACAACAACAACAACAACCACAAAUAAUGGGCCCGCGCCAAUCUUGGGCACAACAAGCACAUCCUCAAACCCAAUCACAAGUCAGUAGAGCUCCCUGGCAGCAAAUGCAUGUUCAAGGCCUAUCUGCUGCUCGGCCUAAGCCUCAUAUGGUGUCUCAGCAACCGCAACAACCAUCACCACAGCAACAAUCAGUAGUGAUUCCCGAAAAGGUGAUCAAGAACCGCCAAGAACAAUCUACUGACGAGAUCCUGGAUGAAUUAGCUACAUUCAUUGAAAAGCUGACGAGACACAAAAGUCAAAAUCCUGGCGAUGGCAUGUCCACUUGGUUAGGCGCCUUGGGAGAUCCCCCUACGCUGCGAGGUCCUCAACGUGAUCGAGUCAUCUUUACUUGGUGGAUCGUGAAUUUCAUGCCAUUGGGCGAGGAAGAAAAGUAUCCCUUGUUGGCCAUGCGUACCAUUCGUGAAAGAGUCUUGACGAUCGUCUCUUGGGUGGAUCGAUUCGAAGAUCAAUGGUCCUUGUUCUUGAACAACCCAGGAUCUUCCUCAUCAUCAAAUCCAGCUUAA